AACAGUUUUACUCUGCACAGAAAAAGUUGCCAUCUUUCGUCUUCAUCCUGUUCUUCUUCCUUUUUCUCGAUCAUCUCUCCAAUCCUCUGAUUUAUAUCUCUCUCCAAUUUUCUCAGUAACCAUUGUUACUGCCAAAACCCAUACAUAACCCCCAAGUGUUGUUAUAAUCUCUCCAAAGUUGACUUUUAGUUUCCUCUCCUUCUUGUUUUAUUCAUCGUUUACUGAGUCUACCACGGAGAUAUUUGCGUGUGUAUAUUCUCAUUGGAGAAACCAAAAUUCUUGUGAAUAAUCAAGUCUCUCUCUCUCUCUCACCAUUAAAGUGUUAGCUGGGUACAAUCUUUGAAAAAGGAAAAUGUCUGAGAAGGCUAAGCCAUUUGUUCAGUCACUUAAAUCGAUGCCGGCCGACUAUAGAUUUCUUGGUUCAUCACCCCUUGAAGACUCCUCCUCCUCUGGCUCAAGUGUUCCUGUGACUAUCCCACGAAAUGGUCACUUAACGAAUGGAGCUGUUGGGGGAGUGGAUAGUGCUAAUGAUGAUUCACCCUAUGGCCUGCAAAGCAUUUCAAAUGGAGACGAAUCUUCACUUGUUGAUGAAGAUCCUAUUGUUCCCUUGCCUGAGAGUAAUGAUCGCAGGUGGAGUGACACUAGCGUAUAUGCUCGGAAAAAGGCACUUCAAUUUUGGGUCCAACUUCCAAACGGUAACUGGGAGCUGGGGAAGGUGUUGUCAACUUCAGGUUCAGGAGAAGAGUCUGUUAUUAAACUGCCUGAGGGCAAUGUUUUAAAGGUCAUAUCAGAGACUCUAGUACCUGCAAAUCCUGACAUUCUUGAUGGAGUGGACGACCUCAUGCAACUAAGUUACUUAAAUGAGCCAUCAGUGUUGUACAACCUUGAGUAUAGGUACAACCAAGACAUGAUAUAUACAAAAGCGGGGCCUGUUUUAGUAGCUGUGAAUCCCUUCAAGGAGGUUCCUUUAUAUGGAGAUAGCAACAUUGAAGCAUACAGGAAAAGAUCAAAUCAGAGCCCUCAUGUCUAUGCUAUUGCAGAUACAGCAAUCCGUGAAAUGAUACGAGAUGAAGUUAACCAAUCUAUCAUUAUCAGUGGAGAGAGUGGAGCAGGGAAAACUGAGACAGCGAAAAUAGCAAUGCAAUACUUGGCUUCUCUUGGAGGUGGAAGUGGGAUCGAGAAUGAGAUACUAAAGACCAAUCCCAUCUUGGAAGCAUUUGGAAAUGCAAAAACAUUGAGAAACGAUAACUCUAGUCGUUUUGGGAAACUGAUAGAGAUUCAUUUUAGUGAAACAAGGAAGAUUUCCGGUGCUAAAAUUCAAACAUUUUUACUAGAAAAGUCUAGAGUGGUUCAAUGUGCGGAAGGAGAGAGGUCAUAUCACAUAUUUUAUCAGCUUUGUGCUGGAGCUUCACCUGCGCUUAGAGAGAAGCUAAAUUUGACAAGCGCAAAAGAGUAUAAUUAUUUGAGACAGAGCAAUUGCUAUUCAAUUAAAGGAGUUGAUGACGCUGAACGUUUUCAAGCUGUUCAAGAAGCUUUAGAUAUUGUGCACGUUAGUAAAGACGACCAAGAAAGUGUAUUUGCAAUGCUUGCAGCAGUGUUAUGGCUGGGGAAUGUCUCAUUCUCCAUUAUUGACAAUGAGAACCACGCUGAACCUGAAUCAGAUGAAAGUUUAUCAACUGUUGCUAGAUUGAUUGGGUGCAACAUCAAUGACCUUAAGCUAGCUCUAUCAAAGCGUAAUAUAAAAGUUAGAAAUGAAACUUUUGUACAGAAGCUAACACUUUCGCAGGCCAUUGAUGCAAGAGAUGCUUUAGCAAAGUCAAUCUAUGCCUGCCUAUUCGACUGGCUGGUUGAACAGAUAAACAAAUCUCUUGCCGUGGGAAAGAGGAGAACUGGCAGAUCCAUCAGCAUUCUUGAUAUCUAUGGCUUUGAAUCAUUCAAUAAGAAUAGUUUUGAGCAGUUCUGCAUAAAUUAUGCGAAUGAGAGAUUGCAGCAACACUUUAAUCGUCAUCUAUUCAAGCUUGAGCAGGAGGAAUAUAUCAAAGAUGGGAUUGACUGGACAAGGGUUGAUUUUGAGGACAACCAAACCUGUCUCAGGCUCUUUGAAAAGAAACCAUUAGGUCUGCUCUCGCUUCUGGAUGAGGAAUCCACAUUUCCGAAUGGCACAGAUUUGACACUUGCCAACAAGCUUAAGGAACACCUAAGUGAUAAUUCCUGUUUUAGAGGAGAUCGAGGGAAGACCUUCACCGUUGCUCAUUAUGCUGGAGAGGUUACAUAUGAGACAACUGGAUUUCUAGAGAAGAACCGGGACUUGCUGCAUUCGGAUUCUAUUAAGCUUUUGUCGUCUUGCUCUCGCCACCUUCCCCAAGCGUUUGCUUCUAGUAUGCUCGUCCAUUCUGAAAAACCUGUUGUUGGACCUUUACACAAAGCAGGUGGACCUGAUUCCCAGCGACUGAGUGUAGCAACUAAAUUUAAGGGUCAACUUUUCGAAUUGAUGCAGCGUUUAGGGAAGACUACCCCACAUUUCAUUCGCUGCAUAAAGCCAAACAGUGUUCAGUCUCCGGGGUUGUAUGAGCAAGAGCUUGUCUUACAGCAGCUACGAUGCUGUGGGGUCCUAGAGGUAGUUAGAAUUUCUCGGUCUGGGUUUCCUACGAGAAUGUCUCACCAAAAGUUUGCCCUAAGGUAUGGUUUCCUUCUACUGGAGAGCAUUGCAGCAAAAGAUCCACUUAGUGUUUCGGUUGCCAUUCUUCAUCAGUUCAACAUCUUGCCAGAGAUGUAUCAAGUCGGCUACACAAAACUGUUUUUCAGAACUGGCCAGAUUGGGGUUCUUGAAGAUACAAGGAACCGCACUCUUCAUGGGAUUUUACGUCUCCAAAGCUGUUUUAGAGGGCACCAAGCACGAAGUCGUCUAAGAGAGUUUAAAAGAGGAAUUACUGCUCUUCAAUCUUUUAUUCGUGGAGAAAAGAUAAGAAAGGACUACACAGAGUUACUACGGAGGCAUAGGGCUUGUUCUGCUAUACAAAGCUAUGUUAAGAGUAGGAUUGCUAAGAGACAGUAUAAAGCCAAGGUUGAUGCAUCUCUUGUAAUACAGUCAGCAAUUCGUGGCGAGCUGGUUAGAAGAUGCGGUGGGGAUAUUAAAUAUGGAGGCACCAAGAGAAAUGAGUCAGGGGAGGUGCUAGUGCAGGCAUCAGUACUUUCCGAACUUCAGCGCAGGGUUCUGAGAACCGAAGCUGCUCUUCGUGAGAAAGAAGAAGAGAACGAUAUUCUCAGACAAAGACUCCAGCAGUACGACAACAGGUGGUCUGAAUACGAAACAAAGAUGAAAUCCAUGGAAGAAAUUUGGCAAAAGCAGAUAAGAUCUUUGCAAUCCAGUCUUUCCAUUGCAAAGAGAAGCCUAGAUGUCGAGGGUUCACCCAGAUACUCGGAUGCAUCUGUGAACGCUAGCGAUGCAAGUGAUUUCUCUGUGAGUGGUGAUUUCAGGACCCCCGGGAGAAGUGGAAGUGUUGGUUUAAGCGUGAUAAGCCGGUUAGCAGAAGAAUUCGGACAAAGAGCUCAGGUGUUUGGAGAUGACACAAAGUUCUUGAUGGAAGUGAAAUCUGGUAAGGUGGAAGCAAACUUGAGUCCGGAAAGGGAGCUGAGGAGGCUGAAGCAGAUGUUUGAGACUUGGAAGAAGGAUUAUGGAGGGAGACUAAGGGAAACGAAAACGAUACUUAGCAGACUUGGGAAUGAAGAAACUGGUGGUUCACCGUUAGUGGAAAGGGUGAAGACGAAGUGGUGGGGGAGGUUAAGGAGUACCAGGUUUUAAUGGUAUGUUCCUUUUCUUGAGACGCACGUCUCUUUCUUUUUUUCUUAUUUGAUUUUAUUUGAGGUUUUGGUUUUGUUGCUGAGAGAGGUGAGAAGGCUCAUGGGACUAAAAUGAGUCCAAAUCUACUGGCAAAUUCAGUAAAUAUUUUUUAUACAUUAAACUUGUAUUGAUAAUAUCCAUUUGUCCCAAGACUAUGUGGACUGACCAGUGUUGUGGAAACAUAUAAAGCAUCAAUAAAAUAUGUUUGCGAGAA